CUCGGAAUCAUGCCUUUACUGCAGUCGAAGUAAUCAAUAGAGCUGCUGUUCUACUAUACUAUGUUCUAGCUUGCAAUAGUUAUCCAAUAUCUUUGGGGCCUUUGUUAGAUUCCAUUGAUUGGUGGAUCGGAUUCGAUCCUACCAGGAAAACACAUCUGCCCACAUACUCAUACAAAUUGGAGUGUCUGGGCAAGCAUAUUUUUCGGGGGAUCUAUUCCAGAAAUGGACGAGGAGUCCGCUGCCCGCCGACCGACCUCUUCACUCAUCCCUCCUCUGCCUCGCGACUCCCGUGGGUCCCUCGAGGUCUUCAACCCCUCCAGCUUUUCCCCCCGGCCGCACCACACCCAGCCCUCUCCCUACGCUGCCUGGCAGCCCCGCGCGGAGCCGCCGCCUUCCUCCCACUGGGACCCACCCCUCCCCGACGGUGCCGGCGCUGGCGAAGACGACAUCAUCCGCCCAUGGAUGGCCCUCCCAACCGGACCGGCGGCGGCGCCGCCGCAGUCGCAGCAACACUACCCCUCCUCGGAGACAAUCUCCAUCUCCAAGAAGACCUCGUCCUCCUCCUCCUCCGCCGCCGGAGAGGACGUUGGCGUGGCGGCGCAAAGGGCGGCGGAGUGGGGUUUGGUGCUGAUGACGGACGAGGAGACGGGGCGGCCGCAGGGCGUCGGGGUGCGGCGGUCGGGCGACGACGCCGGUGGCAAGGGCCGCCCGUCGAAGGUUUCCGGGUGCAGCUCGUACCGGAGCUCCGAGGACUCGGAGACGGGGGCGCCGAUCGCCGGCGAGGGGAAGGAUAAGGGUGGAAUUCCCCGGGUCUCGGAGGACCUCCGCGAGGCGCUUUCCGCUUUCCAGCAGACCUUCGUGGUGUCCGACGCGACGAAGCCCGACCACCCCAUCAUGUACGCCAGCGCCGGAUUUUUCAACAUGACCGGUUAUCUCGCCAAAGAAGUCAUCGGCAGGAAUUGCCGGUUUCUGCAAGGUGCUGGAACUGAUCCUGCAGAGAUUGCAAAAAUCAGGGAAGCAUUGUCAGCCGGUACAAACUAUUGUGGUCGCAUAUUGAAUUACAAGAAGGAUGGCACACCAUUUUGGAAUCUUUUGACAAUUGCACCCAUCAAAGAUGAGGCAGGAAAUACUCUCAAGUUCAUUGGGAUGCAAGUUGAGGUUAGUAAGUAUACUGAAGGAUCUAAGGAAACAAUGGUGCGACCCAAUGGAUUACCAGAGUCUUUGAUUCGAUAUGAUGCUAGGCAAAAGGAUAGGGCACGCAGUUCAGUCUCUGAUUUAGUCAUGGCCGUGAAGGAUCCACAUGCACUGUCAGAGUCGAGAAAUUCUCCUUUCAUGAGGACAUCUGAAGGUGGUGGACAAAUUGUUUUGUCGGAAGUUCCUGGAAGGAAGAAGUCAGGAAAUGGCACUCCAGUUUGGCGUAAUUCACGUAGUGAGAUGAGGAAUCCAAUGCAGAAAAUUUCUGAACUUCCAGAAGUAGCGAAUAAAUCAAGAAUAUCAGGUCUAAAGUCCUUCAUGGGCCUUAUUGGCUUAGGCCAUGCAAACAUUGAAAAGCAUGAGCUGGAAGUUCCUGUCAAGGAAGAAGACCUGUUGAUGGAAAGUGAUGAUGAAAGGCCUGAAAGUUUUGAUGAUGUGGAAAGAAAAAAAGAGAUGAGAAGGGGCAUAGACCUUGCUACAACCCUUGAACGCAUUGAAAAGAAUUUUGUUAUUACUGAUCCAAGGCUCCCUGACAAUCCUAUUAUAUUCGCAUCAGACAGUUUCUUAGAAUUGACAGAAUACAGCCGUGAAGAAAUAUUGGGAAGAAACUGCAGGUUUCUCCAAGGCCCUGAAACUGACCCAACAACUGUGAGGAAAAUAAGAGAGGCUAUAGAUAACCAAAGGGAUGUAACUGUGCAGUUGAUAAAUUACACAAAAAGUGGGAAGAAGUUCUGGAAUCUGUUUCACUUGCAACCCAUGCGAGAUCAGAAGGCAGAAGUCCAGUACUUUAUUGGUGUCCAGUUGGAUGGUAGUGAGCAUGUUGAGCCACUUCAGAACUGUAUACCGGAAGAUACUGCCAAGGAUAGUGAAAAGCUGGUGAAAGAAACUGCAGAUAAUGUUGAUGAAGCUGUUAGAGAACUCCCAGAUGCUAAUUUGAAACCUGAGGAUCUAUGGGCUAAUCAUUCAAAGGUAGUUCUGCCAAAACCACACAUGAAGAAUAAUCCAUCAUGGAGAGCCAUUCAAAAAGUUGUAGGGAGCGGAGAAAAGAUAGGAUUGAAACAUUUUAGACCUGUUAAGCCUUUGGGCUUUGGUGAUACUGGCAGUGUUCACUUGGUGGAGUUGUUAGGAACUGGAGAGUUUUUUGCAAUGAAGGCUAUGGAUAAAAAUACCAUGCUUAAUCGUAAUAAGGUCCAUAGAGCUUGUGCAGAAAGAGAGAUUCUUAAUAUUCUGGAUCACCCUUUCCUUCCUACAUUAUAUGCAUCUUUUCAGACCAAAACACAUAUCUGCUUAAUAACUGAUUACUGCCCUGGUGGAGAGCUUUUCUUAAUGCUAGACAGGCAACCUGCGAAGGUCCUAAAAGAAGAUGCUGUUAGGUUCUAUGCUGCAGAAGUUGUUGUAGCACUUGAAUACCUUCACUGUCAAGGUAUCAUAUACCGAGACCUAAAGCCAGAAAAUAUCUUGCUUCAGAGGGAUGGACAUGUUGCUUUGACAGAUUUUGAUUUAUCAUGCUUGACAUCUUGCAAGCCACAGCUUUUGCUUCCAAGAAUUGAGGAUAAGAAAAAGCAAAUGAAAGGAAGGAUUCCUCCUAUUUUUGUAGCUGAACCAAUGCGUGCAUCAAAUUCAUUCGUUGGAACCGAAGAAUACAUUGCACCGGAGAUUAUUACUGGAGCUGGCCAUACUAGUGCAGUUGAUUGGUGGGCGCUUGGGAUCCUUCUUUAUGAGAUGUUAUAUGGAUAUACACCAUUCCGAGGAAAGACAAGACAAAAGACAUUUGCUAAUAUUCUUCAUAAGGACCUAAGAUUUCCUGGAUGUAUUUCGGUAAGCCUUCCUGCAAAACAGUUGAUAUAUCGGUUGUUGCAUAGGGAUCCUAGAAAUAGAUUAGGUUCAAGUCAAGGAGCCAAUGAAGUUAAGCAGCAUCUGUUUUUUCGUGGCAUCAACUGGGCUCUUGUGCGUUGCAUGGACCCUCCCAAGCUUGACAUGCCAGUAUUUGAUAGUAAAAUGGCUGAUCCUGAACCAGUGGAUGUUCAGAUAGAUGUCUUUUGAUUAAAGCUUGGACCUGUAUUUCUACGGUAUGGAGCUCGAUUGCUCUUGGAAUGUCUUCAACAUCAUCUGUAUCAGCCGUGAUGGGUGUGCUAUGUUCGUCCUUCUGUUUCAAGGUUGGAUUUUUCCCUCGAAGGAUUUCUACGACAUUGGUGGAUGUUAGAAUCGGUCUCUUUUAUUGCUGGCUCUGGCAACAUUCUUUUUUAGUGAUCUAAGCUCGAGUCUUGUUGCCUAUAGCUCCUACAGCUAGAAACUUCACUGCAUGUGCUUAAAACGAUCCGUAGCAACAGUUUCACUUUGUUAUUCUUAAAUUGUUUUUUAUUUUUAUUUUUUUAACCUGUAAGCAUGUUGUGUUUCUCUUUGUCAAAUAAUGAAUUGCAUGUGAUGAUAAAAUAAGAGUUCUACUG